AGUGAGGUUCAUGAAAAGAGGCAUGAUUCCCUACUAAAAGACAAAACAAUGCCAACAUAGACUAUUUUAACUGAUAGAGAUCAUGAUCUAAGAAUUCUUGUUCUUUCAUCAUUUCAUUUCCAAAUUUUAAUUUGUUAACUAUCAUUGUUAAAUCAAAAAAAAGAUGUCCCAAACGGAAGUAAUUGAAGCGCACUGAACAGCAGCAAGAAUUCCAUUGGUGCAAUUGUUUUUGCCCUUUGUUAGUAUAAAAGUAGUCUACGUUUCUUACUCUCCCUCUGCCUCUGUCUCUCCUCCUCUCUGCUUAAUUAUAUCUGAGUUUCAAAUUCUCCAACUUUAAUAUGGGAGAAGCUCAAGAAUUGCAACUUCAAAUCAUGGGCCAGGAAGCUGAGAAGACAACCCAGAAAGCUGAGGAAACAAAUGACACGAACCAGCCAACCUUUCCGAAGAAGAAGUCUAAAUGGUGGCUUGCCAGAAUUUUUAUCUACACAUUUUUCCUUCUUGUUGGCCAAACAGUUGCUACAAUUUUAGGAAGACUGUACUUUGAUAGAGGUGGAAAUAGCAAAUGGAUGGCAACAUUUGUUCAAACUGCUGGUUUUCCUAUUAACUUACUCUUUUACUUCUUUACACCUUUUAAAAAUCUCAAACCAAGUAAUAAUAUUAUUAUUAUUCACACAAAUUCAACUUCUAAAUUAAAGCUUGUUUUGAUUUAUACCAUGUUUGGUAUAUUUUUAGCAGCAAAUUGUUUGCUAUAUUCACUUGGGCUUUUAUACCUUCCUGUUUCAACUUUUUCUCUUAUUUCUGCUUCUCAAUUAGGGUUUAAUGCUUUAUUUUCCUUUUUCCUAAAUUCCCAAAAAUUUACUCCUUUUAUCAUAAAUUCUGUAUUUGUCCUCACCAUUUCUUCCACCCUUCUUGUAUUCCAAGAUGACUCAACAGAAUCAAAGAAAAUCUCAAAAGGGGAAUAUGUAAUUGGGUAUAUAUGCACAGUUACUGCUUCUGCUGGGUAUGCUUUAAUGCUUUCUUCAACACAAUUUUGUUUCAAGAAAGUGUUUAAGCAAGAAAAUUUCAAGAUUGUUUUGGAUAUGAUAUUUUACCCAUCAAUAGUUGCUACAUUAGCAAUUUUAGUGGGACUUUUUGCAAGUGGUGAAUGGAAAGGAUUAAAGAAAGACAUGGAAGGUUUUGAAUUAGGAAAUGUAUCAUAUCUAAUGACUCUGAUCUGGACAGCUAUAAAUUGGCAAGUUUUUAGUAUUGGGUGUACAGGAUUGAUCUUUGAAGUUUCUUCACUCUUUUCCAAUGUCAUUAGCACUCUUGGAUUGCCAAUUGUUCCUGUUCUUGCUGUCUUCAUUUUUCAUGACAAAAUGGAUGGCUUGAAGGUUAUUGCUAUGGUUCUUGCUAUGUGGGGAUUUCUUUCAUAUAUUUAUCAGCAUUAUCUUGAUGAUUACAAGUCCAAGACAGGUGCAAGUAUUUUGAAUGAUACUGUCAAAGAAGAGGUUUCUCAAGACUCUACUAUUCAAAGAAAGUUAGUACAAGAAUAAGUACAGGACAUAUAUAUACAUGUAUAUUGCAUACAAAAUUUAGUUGUUUAAUUAUGCAAGCAAGAUACUGAUCUGCUUCCUUUCUAGAUAAAGAAAGCAGGGAAUUUUUUUUUUUUUUUUUCUUUCAUCUCCAAAAAUGGUUCAGUAUCAAGUUAUCUUAUGCCUUUUCUUUUUGUU